AAGCGCAAUUGAUUUAUUGUUGUUGCUGGGCCUGAGUGGGCAAGAACUAAAAAAAACAUAAAGUGCAACAACAAGCGGGACAGCUGUUUGAGAUAAAAGUUUGGCGUAAAAGCUUUCGACGCCCCGGUCAACGUCCUGCGGCCGCUAAAGUGAGGUUAUGCACGUGAAUAGCGCCUGCUGAAGGUGAGCGAAGGACAUUGCGCCUGCCGGCCAUAACACGCGCCCACAAUAUCCUGCGUCAUAAGCAAUAAAAUAAAAAGGAUCACAACAUGCGCAUUUUUCCUGUACGCCUGUCGGCCGUCUCGUCCUCCAUGUCGAGUCUGGCCAAAAUGUUGGACUUUUACUCGGGCUUCAAUCCCUCGCCGCUGUCUAUAAAGCAGUUUAUGGACUUUGGUCAAAAUGCCUGCGAGAAGAAAUCGUACAUAUUUCUGCGUAAGGAGCUGCCCGUGCGAUUGGCCAAUAUAAUGAAGGAGAUAGCGCUGCUGCCGGAUAAUUUGCUGCAUACGCGUUCAGUGAGCGAGGUGAGCUCGUGGUAUGUGAAGAGCUUCGAGGAUGUGCUGGAGUACGAGAAGGCCGAACCCACGCAUGACAAUCUGCAAAAAUUUGUGCGCGAUUUGGAUCUCAUUAGAAAUCGACACAACGAUGUUGUGCAAACUAUGGCGCAGGGUGUUAUCGAAAUGAAGGAGAACGAGGGCGGCUUGGUGGAUGCGCCCACAGAGAGCUCCAUACAAUACUUUCUCGAUCGGCUCUAUAUGUCGCGCAUCAGCAUACGCAUGUUAAUCAAUCAGCAUACUUUGCUCUUCGGCGCUAAUCCGCACUCGGGUGGUCGGCAUAUUGGUUGCUUGGAUCCCGCCUGUGAUUUGUCCGACGUUGUGCGUGAUGCGUAUGAGAAUUCGCGUUUUCUCUGUGAUCAAUAUUAUCUGACGAGCCCCGCCUUGGAGAUAACACAGCAUAGCAGCAUUAAGGAGGAAGCAUUACCCAUACGCACCGUCUACGUGCCCUCACAUUUAUAUUAUAUGCUCUUUGAGCUUUUUAAGAACUCCAUGCGCGCCGUCGUGGAGCAUCACAAUCAUGACAAUAAUGACACGCUGCCGCCUUUGAAAGUCGAAAUCUGUCGCGGCAGAGAAGAUAUUUGUGUCAAGAUCUCCGAUCAGGGUGGCGGCAUACCGCGCUCCCAGUCCGAUCAGCUAUUUAAAUAUAUGUACAGCACAGCGCCGCAGCCGUCCAAGUCGGAUCUGCAUACAGUGCCGCUGGCUGGCUAUGGCUACGGUCUGCCCAUAUCCAGGCUAUAUGCGCGCUAUUUCCAUGGCGACAUUGUGCUGCUCUCCUGCGAAGGCUUUGGCACCGAUGCCAUCAUUUACCUUAAGGCACUCUCUGAUGAGGCCAACGAACUGUUGCCCAUUUUCAACAAGACAAGCUCAAAGUUCUAUCGCGCCACUGUGCCCACUGGUGACUGGUCGAAUCAGAGCUCGGAUAUGACUGCACGCCAGCUAAGCGCAACUACGCCAAAACGCUACAGUGACUUGGAAUAAAUUCGCGCCACUCUGAAGCUACUCAGGAUAAUAACCACAAAGCAACAGCAACAAUAGUUUUUAAUGCACUCACCACCCCUAACUCAUAGAGAGCGGGUAUAAAAAAUAAAUAUCACUAAUGUUAGGCAAUACAUUCCCGACACAGCAACAGCAACAACAUAAAAUUUGUUGUAUUUGUAUUCAUGGCAGAGGGCAACGUGUUAAGUUUCUUGUUGUUAAAAAUAGUUAAUGUCAUUAUUAUUAUUAAAUUGUUAUAAACUUUAGAUAACAUGCGUAUUUUAUGUGCGUGGUUUUUGUGCAAUAAAACGC